UAAUCUUCGUUCGGUUCGGUUGGAUCCGAUCGCGGCAGUUAUUCGCGAUUUCACGCUUCGCUUGAAAAUUAAGUGGAAUUAUCAGUUUUGUUCAUGCAUAGAUUAUGCCAAAUCCUUGGCUAAUAUCCUGAAAUAACAGUUCGUUAUCGUAAGGAUUAACGGUGUGUUAUCAGUGCCUGAAGAGUUGCGACGAAAUUUGUCAUGUGAAGAAGGCAUAAGCCUAGAAAAAUGCAUAAGAAAGCUAUCGAAAGCAAGAAGUGAAAGUGAAACAUAAAAGAGAACAUCGGUCAGAAGAGAAGAAAUUAAUUCUGAAGACAAACUUUUCUGUAAUAUCAUGGUAACUGGCAUUACUAACGAGAUUGGAAAAAUCAGUGUAUCUAGUUGUGAUGUAGCAGAACGAGAAAUGUCAGUUUCAGAAUGAACCAUAGUUAUCUCAGUAUCAUCGACAUUCAGUGACUGUCGAGUCCCGCCCAACAGCAUCGAAUUAGAGUGAAUAUCGUUUGAUUUAGAACCAUGAUCAAGCUAAAGUCGCUUUUCCGCAGAGGUCAAGGUCCUUCGGGAUCGAAGCAUUCAUCGCAAUCGACGAACAACAUUGCAACCACGAAUGGCGGCGCCAUCAAGGGUGCGUCAUCUGUGUCGAGCUUAGAUUGCGUUGGUGUUGCGGCCGCACCAAAAUCCACCACCAAGCAUAAUCGAGUGCUGCACGGAUCUAAAGACAAACUCGAUCAAUACGGCUCCAAUAGUCAUCAGCAUCAUUCCAAGGGUUCACGAGAAAAAGUAACCGACUUGAAGCAUUUCGGUAAGGAAAAAUCUGGAGUCCGUGCUAUUUCAAAAUCAAGCAAUCAAAUGCCCAUCAUCCAACCGCAACCUGCUCAGCAUCAGUUGGAGCAUUUUCAAACUGCACACCCGUCUGCGGCUUUGGUUCAGCAGCUGCAUCGUGCUGGCAGUCGCAGUGAACUGGAUCAACGCGAUGACGAUGCGUAUUCCAGUGCCACCGAGGAGAUUGUAAUUUCGAAGGAAUUGACGGCAAUUAGUUUUGGUGGACCAAUGGAGGAUCUUCAAGGCAACAGAAUGCAGGAAUUCCAAAAUCAUUUGGAUAAACUAAGGCAGGAUAAUGCUGCUUUAGAGGAAAAAGUAAUCGAGAUGUCAGUUUACCAGAAGGAAGUUCAUGCUCUGCGUGAUGAAAUCAUGAAGCUACAAACAACCCAGGAAAUGAGUAACUGUGAACUACAUCGAUUGCUCGAUGAAAACGAAAUUCUCAGGGACCGUCUCAAAAGUGUCGUGCAAUCGCCUUUAUCGGACUCCGAAAAGCAGCAAAUCAUAAGAGAUUCUCAAAGGCUUCACAGCUCAGCCCCGGCAUCCAUAGCUUUACCAAAUAACAUGGAUAUGGAAGGCACUCCAUGUGUUACACCAGACUGGGAUAAGCAGUCAUCAAGUAGUGAGAUUGCUGUUGCCUGCCUGCAGGAUAAAAUAACACAGAUGGAAGAAACCCAUUAUUCCACCAAUGAAGAACUCCAGGCUACACUGCAGGAGCUUGCCGACUUGCAAUCACAAAUUAAUGAGCUUCAAACCGACAACGAACGGUUGGCAGAGGAAAAGGACGUCAUUUUCCAAUCCCUUUGCAGGCAAACUGAGAAACUAGAAGACUCUCGAACGCAAAUUGGCACUUUGCAAAAGUUGCUAUUGCGAGAACCCAAUCAACAGGAUGGCGGAUCAACGGAACGAGAACAGAAAUUAGUGGAACUGCUGAAGAAUGCUCAAGAGGAAAGAGAAAGCCUUAUGCUGAAACAAGAAGAAUUAAACUCUGAGCUGAAUGAACUUAAAGUGGCCUUGGAAGAAAGAACUAACGAGAAAUUAAGACUGCACGAGCGAAUCGGAGUCCUUGAGUCGACAAUUGACGCAACCAAUGCAGAGAGAACGGAAAUUGAUACGCAGCUAUUACAGUCUAAGGAAGACAGUUCGGUAAAACAGAUAGAAAUAAGUCGACUGACGACAUUGCUUGAGAAUGCGCGGGCAAAGAUCGAAGAGUUGGAACAAGAUCGCGCCUUGGGUGAUAAAUCGGAUCUGGGAGAGCUUUUGGAUACAGCGAGAAAGGAAAAGGAUGCACUGGAAAUUCAGGUGGCAUCACUUCAGGAGCAAGUCUCCAUUAGUCAGUGCGAGAUUCAAAAACUGAAAGACCAAUUGGCACGAAUGAGCGAAGAAUGCAAGGUGGUUAGAAACAAUGCCAAAUGUGUGAUCUCGGAUCUUGAGUACAAGCACGAAAACAUGAAGCAAGAAAAAGUCAAAAUUGCCAGUGAUUGUCAGCAACUUCAGGAGAACAUCAGCGAAUUACAGGUUCAAAAUAAAUGCCUUACCGAAGACAAGGCUCAACUGGAAGCGCUUCUAUCGGAAACUCAGCGCCAUUUGGGUGACACAGAACGACUGCUUGCAGAAAAGACUGAUGAAUUAAACCAAGAGAUUAGUUUAAGGAGACAGGAGAGCGAAGAAUGGGACCGGUUUCAGUCGGAUUUACUGAUGACGGUACGAGUGGCCAACGAUUUCAAAACCGAGGCACACAAUGCUCGAGAGCAGCUAGCCCUUGAUAACAAGGCACUCCGCGAGCGAAUCCGUGUAAUGGAACAGCAAAUAGAGAAACUCAACAAACCUAUUGGUGUAGAUAUUGUAGAUACGAGUGAUGGUAUGUUACUCAGCUAUGAGAAACUGAACGACAUUAAGCAAGAUUUAUCUGCCUCUAUCGAUAACCUUAACACAUAUGAUCGCAAUGUAGACGAGUUUUCUAACCAGGUUAAAAUAUUACGCAAACAGUUAAAAACAUUUUCGCCGGCUACGGCAGCAGCAUUUGAUAGCUUGCACUUGGCUACUGCUGAACUGCCCAAUCGGUCACCAGACCAAGGGCAUGGAAUAAACAAAAAUCGUUCAGCUGAUUUUAUACCUCCGCUACCAACUUCAAAGCCUCCAAAAAUGUCAGUACAUUUUCUAGACGACGAUGAUCUAACCGAACAAAUUGAUCCUAUUCUGAAAGAUGGAAAUCGAUAUUCAUAUGAAAUCGAGGAAAUCAAUAACCCUACAAGAAAUCACAAAUUUCGAGAAGUAACACCUGCGCUCAUCGGCGAACAAAUGCACAACUUCUCGUCUUCUAAUUCAUCUAGCGAAACUGUUGAAACCCUAGAAGACGAUUCCCCAGAACCCAUCUUUCGACCUAUUGCGAUAUCCAGAAGUAAUGAAAAUCUGACUCAACAUAGCUUCCGAUUGGUCAGACCUGUACCGCUAUUUGCAUCAAAAAGUAUUCAAGAUUUACGAACGGACCGUUACGAUAAACAAGGUGCUUUGGAUCCUCUGUUUCACUCGAAAAGCUCCGACGACCUGCUUCUUCCCGAUAUUGACGGUAUGACUAAGACAACCAAUUUGUCAAAAUUCAAAAAAUUCCGUUACAACAGAUCGAGCAGCACUAGUCUGAGUAAUCUGAGUUUGAAAGAAGAUGAUUCAGAAUCCAUAUAUGCCAAUUUGUCUGAGUUCAGUCAUACAACACCGGAGAAAUUAGCCAAUACUGCCAGUAAAAAACCUAAACCUCUACCCAGGAUGAACAGUAUAGAUGAAUUAAAUAUUGCAUCCGACGACAAUAAAGCAAGUAAGACUAAAACCCUUGUCUAUGUCAUCGAUAAAACUACAAACGAGUUCAUUCUUGCCGACGGCCCGGUGCAAAGCAAUGCAGCAGAAGAACAGCAAAAUAAGGUGACACCAAAACCGCGAAAAUAUCCAGAAAAUGUCAACGUAUAUGAUGAUGCAAAAUUGGAUCAGUUAAAGAGAACAUCUUUCGUGUUUAAUAAAUCUAAUACCCAUCACACAAAUAACGAUAACAAUGGAGAGAAUUGGACUAACCGAACUAAACCGAGUAUAGUCGCAUCUUCCGAGUCACACCAAUCGAUAUUCAACACAGUGCAGCAGGAAAUGGCUGUGCGACGGCAGCAGAAAUCCGCAAUUCAGCGGCAGGAUUCGCGAUUGUCCGUUAAGAGUCUUAUUGAGAGUAUCGAAAAUUCAGCAAAGCAGGCAAAAGUUACUGCUGAGUCACGAAGUAGUUCUAGUUCUAGCAUAAAUAGCAUUCCACCCGACACAUGUGUGAAUCCCUCCAUGCCAACGAACAACGCGACCAUCCACAAUGGUAACGAAAGCAGUGGUGUGCUCCACUCGCCACUGAUAUCGUCAAUGUCUGCUAAAAGUCCAUUGCGCGAACAGCAGCAACCCACAACUGGUAACAAUAUUAGCAGCAAUCCUAAGAACAAUCCAACAGAUACAGUAUUGCUGAUUAAAACUCAAAAUAUCAUCGCAAACAGCAGCAGUAAUCUUGACAGUAGCAAUAAUAACAAUAGUAAUUACAGUAAUAAUAACAUUAGUUGCAACAACAAAGUCUCCACUCUGAUCAGUAAUAGUUAUAAUCACUCCGGAAAAUUGUUCAAACAACAAACCGAUGACCAUGUUACUGCAUCGAUACUGUCACACAAAACGAUGGACUACGUUCGACGAAACAGCUACGGCGACAUAAGCGACCGUAAGGACCCGUUGAACGCGCUCGUGAAAAAUGGAGGCUCAAAGCGCAAUGCCUUGCUGAAGUGGUGUCAAAAUAAGACUGUCGGCUAUCGAAAUAUAGAUAUAACUAACUUCAGUUCCUCCUGGAACGAUGGCCUCGCAUUGUGCGCAAUCAUGCACUCCUAUCUACCUGAUCACAUCCCUUAUGAUAAAUUAAGUCCAAACGACAAGCGACGCAACUUUAGCUUAGCUUUCGCAGCUGCCGAAAGCGUGGGAAUACCAACAUCCUUGAGUAUUGACGACAUGUGCCAGCUAGAACGGCCAGACUGGCAACAAGUAAUGGGAUAUGUGACGGCAAUUUAUAAGCAUUUCGAAACAUGAGUUCUAAAAUAGCUUCACGUGCAGUAACACAGGCAAUUUACUAUUUUCUAUGACUUCCAGUUUCAAGCAUAUGUGUUUAUUUUAACCGCGUUACUAUACCGUUAUUUAUUACAAAGCAUACAGAAUUGCUGCAUUGUUGAUUACCUGAUCAUAACUCGAAAUACAAUAAAAUUUUGACAA